AUGGUUUCAACGGUAAAGGAAAAACCUCAAUGCAGUGAAUGUAGUAAAUGUUUUGCAAGUGAAGAAUGCCUGAGAAGGCAUAGACGAAUACACACUGGAGAGAAACCCUUCACAUGUCAUAUUUGUAGUAAAUUGUUCAACCAAAAGGGAAAUUUAAAGAAACAUCUUCAAAAUCAUGAUGGUGAACGUCCUUUUUCUUGUUCAGUUUGUCCAAAAACAUUUACAUCAAAAUAUCAUCUUGAAAGACAUUUUAAAACUCAUACAAAAGAAAAACCGCACUCUUGUUCAUUUUGUGAAAAAACCUUUGCCAGAAAAUGGUCUUUGACGGAACAUGAACGUUUGCAUACAAAUACUAAAGAAUAUGAAUGUAAGCUAUGUAGAAAAUCGUUUCGUCAUGGUGCCACUUACAAACUACAUAUGGAAAUUCAUGAAAAUAUGAAGAAAUACAAAUGUGAUAAGUGCGGAAGUGCAUUUAACAAUCAAAGAGGUUUGACAUUUCAUUCUCUUGUACAUACUGGAGAUAAAAAAUUUCAGUGUCAUUUGUGUCCACAGAAAUAUUAUCAGAAGAGUAACUUAAACACUCAUAUGCUGGUUCAUACUCAAGCUAAGCCAUAUGUUUGCCAAAUCUGCAACAAAGCCUUCAACCACAAGUCAAAUCAACAGUCACAUACAUUGAGAUGGCACAGUGGAAUCAAACCCUUUCCAUGUGAUAUUUGUCAUGAGCAUUUUUAUACUGGUUCUCAUUUAAGAUGUCAUAAAAGAAAACAUACUGAAAAGAAACCACAAAAACAUACUGGAAAGAAACAUCAAUGUGAUGUUUGUAGUAAAUCAUUCAGUGCUUUGUGUUCUCUAAAACGUCACAGAGCUAUUCACUUUGGAAUAAUGAAACAUAAAUGUGAUGUUUGUGGUAAAGGCUUUACUCAAUUGGGUAACAUGAAGAAACACAAAUUGGUGCAGCAUUCUAACAUGUCACGUGACAUACCAUGUGACCAAUGUUGCAAAACAUUCUUCCAUAAACAUCAUUUGGCAAAUCAUAAGAAAAGAAUGCAUUCAUCUAUAAAACCCCCUCUCUAUGGGUGCAUGUUCUGUUUCCGAAAAUUCCAAUCCAGACAACAAUUAAAAAAUCAUGUGCAAGGUCAUUUGAACAGAAGAGAGUAUAAAUGUGAUGUUUGUAGUAAAUCAUUUAAUUAUAAACGACUAUUAACUCUUCACAAACGAAUUCAUAUUUCAUGGAAAAAAUUUCAAUGUGCUUUUUGCCCAAGUGCCUUCAGUCGAGUAGAUAACUUGUAUGGGCAUUUAUGGACCCAUUCUGACUUGAAAAGGUUUGCAUGUUUUAUAUGCGAUGAGAAAUUUCAUUAUCAAGUCCAUCUUCGUAAGCAUCAAUUAUUGGAACAUAGCAACAUACAGCCGUUUCCAUGUGACCAAUGUGACAUGAGAUUUGUGACAAAAAUUGAGCUCAAACGACAUUCCGUAGAGCACAAGCCAUAUAGAUCACAUUCCUGCAUUCAUUGUGACAAAAAAUAUAUCCAUCGUGGACAUUUACUAAAACAUCUACGAAGUCAUGGCAACGGUAAAUUAAAAUCGAAGAAACCAAUCAGAAACCAUUCCUCAAAUCAUAGCACCAGUGGUAGCAACAGUGAAUUAAAAUCGACCUCAGCAAUUAGAAGCCACAUAUUAAAAGAUUUCAACAACCAAAACAAGAAAGAAAUAGACUUGGAUACAUUGAUUGAAAGCGAUGGCGAAGAGAUAUACUCCAGUUUAAAGAUGGUAUUUUCGAGUUCAGAUCCGGGCUCUGAUAAUCCAGACUCUCAGAAGCUAACAGAAUACAAAGAAUCAACAGACACUAAAGAUCUCUUCACUGUUGAUUUUAACUCCAACACUAUCCCUAGAUUACAGGACAGCUAA